AUGCCACCUCAAAGACGGGUUUCUAGCUUUCUAGAACUGCUCUUCUACGCAAACCCAACAUGGAUCGACUAUGGCCUGAUGCUCUUGGGAACCCUUUGCGCCGUGGGCGCCGGCGUGCCAUUUCCUCUCAUGGGUAUCCUCUACGGUAACCUGGUCGACAAUAUGAACGAUGCCACCUGCGAGGCAGACUCGAGCGGUACCAGUCAGCAGUACAGCGGCGAGAUCAAUCAAAAGGUGCUCCAACUCGUAUACUUGGGAAUUGGGGCAUUUUUCCUCGUCUAUGGUUACCUCCUCUUCUGGAGCUUGGCAAGCCAGCGCUUGUCGCAGCGGAUACAAGCCAAGUACUUUUCCCUCCUCCUUCGCCAGGAUGCCGAGUUCUUUGACCUGCGCAGCGCCGGCGAGAUCUCGUCGCGUCUGAGCGGCGCCAUCCAGGCCAUCCAGGCUGGCACCUCGGAAAAGGUCGGCAUACUCAUAUCGUCAAUGUCCUUUCUCAUCACGGCGUAUGCCAUUGGCUUUGUCAAGUACACCAAGUUGACCGGCAUGCUCACGUACUUGAUACCGUCAAUGCUUGGCAGUUCCUAUCUCUGCAGCUACCUGUCACAAAAGUAUGGAAGCCAAAUGUCUGAUGCCAUUGACGCUGCUUCGUCCACUGCAUCCGAGGCGCUCAAUCAUGUCGCAGUUGUGCAUGCUUUUGGUGCCGAAAGGCCGCUGGGACAAAAGUUUACCGAAAACAUGACCAAGGCCAAGGGAUGGGGCACCAAGAAGAGCAUUUAUGUCGGCGCUCAGUCUGGUUUUCUCUAUCUACUGGCUUUUACGGCGAAUGCAUUGGCUUUCUGGCAGGGAACCAAGGCCAUAGCGGCGUCCUACCAACAAAACGGCGAAGCAGUGUCUGUAGGAGAUGUUUAUACCGUGGUGUUGCUUGUGGUUGAUGCAUGUACCAUGAUUGGGCAGGUUGCACCUCUUUUACCGAUUCUCGCUACUGCCACCACCUCAUUUGUCAAACUCAAGCAGGACAUGGAGAUACUGCCCAAGAUUGAUGUGCCAGGUGAAAAGGGAGCGUGUUUGGAGCCUACCAUUGAUCCCCGGAUGGAAUUUCAAAAUGUCUCUUUCCGUUAUCCAUCGCGACCAGAUGUCGAGGUUCUCAAAAGUGUCAACCUCUCAUUCCCAGCCAAGUCACACACUGCAUGUGUUGGACUGUCGGGCAGUGGCAAGUCGACAGUCGCGGCUCUCCUGUGUCGACUAUACGAUCCGGAACAGGGGCAGAUACUGCUGGCUGGUCACCCCAUUCAGACUCUCGACGUUGCAAACCUCCGAGGCUUCAUCAGCCUGGUACCACAAGAGCCAUCCUUGUUUGACAUGUCCAUCUUGGAAAAUAUCGCUCUGGGUUUGUCAAGCGCCAUCAAACCCGAACUUCGAGAUCUUCGACAGGCACUUUUGGGAUCUUCUCUUGCACGACUCGCCGCAGAUCUUCGUAAAGGAGUGCCCUUUGCUACGGCGUCCGAAGCGUACGGUCCGGAUAUCUCCAAGAUUGCUCGUCUAGUUGUAGAGUCUGCAGAGCUAGCCGAUGUGACGAGUUUUAUACAGCGACAAGAAUUCGGGUAUGGCACAAUUGUUGGCCAGGGAGGCAAGCUCGUCAGUGGUGGCCAGAGACAGCGCAUAGCCCUGGCUCGGGCACUUAUCAAGGAUCCCAGCAUUCUGAUUCUGGACGAAGCGACGGCAGCCCUGGACUCUGCUAGUGAAAGACGCGUCCAGGCUGCUCUGGAUCGCGCAGCCACUGGCAGGACAGUCAUCACCAUCGCUCACCGACUGUCCCUCGUCACUAAUGCGGAUAAUAUUAUCGUGAUGAAGGACGGAGCCGUGAUAGAACAAGGUAAACAUGCCCAACUCAUGGCAGUCGGCGGCCAGUAUGCGCGGCUAGUCAGUCUCCAGAAUCUGGCGACCGAGACUGCUAGGCCUCGUAUGCCGAGGGGUUCCAUCGAGAGCCGAGCAUCAUACGAAAGCUCCACCAUUGAGACACUCUAUACCGAUACAGCCUCCUACAAAGAGAUUACCACAAAGAAGCAAGAAAAUGAAGAGAAGGAAAAAUCUCAGUCCUCUAGCGACGAGGCACCCAAAGGAACCGCCAUUGGCACCAUGGCGCGAAUACUGCGGCCCCAUCUACUAUGGCUCACACUGGCAAUGGUGGCGGCCUUUAUUGUCGGCUGCACUUACGUAGCUUCGGGUAUCAUCUUUGGAAAUACCAUAGGAAUUGCCAGCCCUUGUACGCCAUCAGCAAUCAUCUCGUCCAAGGGCAGAUUCUUUGCCCUCAUGUACGUUAUACUGGCCAUAGCCGAGGGUGCCGCCAAUCUUGGGAGCUGGUCCGCCUUUGGGUACGUGGCUGAGAGCCUAGUCUGUUCUACGCGGGUCAAAAUGUUCCAGUCAUUAUUCAAGCAACCUCUGUCCUGGCACGAGACAGGCAACCGAAACCCGUCGACGCUCCUCUCCCUCAUCACAAAGGACGCCUCUGCGCUGGGUAGCUUGAGCGGUUCCAUCGUGGGGACUUGCAUGGCCGUCAUCGUCAAUGUCAUAGUCUCGCUCAUCGUCUCACACAUUGUGGCCUGGAAGAUUGCAAUCGUCUGCGUGGCUAUAUGUCCAAUCUUCCUUGCGGCCGGAUGGAUGCAGCUGCGAAUACUGUCCAGAUUUGAAAAGAAACAUGACGAUGCCUAUGCCCAAGCAAUCGGCAUCUCCGUGGCCUCGGUCAACUCGAUAAAGACGAUAGCGGCCCUUUCGAUCGAGGAAGAGACCAUUGAAAGAUACAAGCGGAUUCUCAAGGGGCCCAAUAGAGACGUCAUGAAGGCUAGCACGCUGUCCAACUUGUGGCUUGCACUCGGUUUCAGCACGGGGAAUUUCCUUUAUUCGUUUACUUACUGGUGGGGUUCCAACCUCAUCAUCAAGGGAGAAUAUUCACAGACCCAGUUCCUCAUCGUACUGGUCUCUAUACUCGUCGGUGCACAGAUGUGGGGGCAGUUGCUGGUUCUUAUUCCGGAAAUAUCGCGAGCCUGGUCAGCGGCGCGCAGAAUCUUUAAUAUCCUAGAUUUCAAGGACUCGUGGGACACUCCACAAGACAACAUUGAAGCACUAAAUGGGGCACCCAACGGAACUGAUGACGAAAAGCUCGUUGGCUCCAGAACCUCGGCCAACCCAUCUGGUCGCGGAAUGGCCAUCAAGUUCCGAGACGUGUGCUUUUCCUAUCUUGGAAGACCCGACAUUGAAGUUUUGCAUGACGUGUGUUUUGAAGUCACGGCAGGACAAUUCUGCGGACUCGUAGGACCUUCAGGAAGCGGCAAGUCUUCCAUCCUCCGACUCUUGCAGAAGCUCUACGAGCCCACGAGCGGCGGCAUCGAGGUCGACGGCAGGACCAUUACCGAGUCGGACAACAGCGAGUUCCGCCAGGCCGUGUCGCUCGUGCCGCAGGAUUGCGCCCUCUUUGACGGCAGCGUCCGCUUCAACGUGGGCCUCGGCGCCCGGAGGAACCAGACGCUGACGGACCAGGACAUUGAGGAGGCGUGCAGGAUCGCCAAUAUCCACGAGACCAUCAUGGCCCUGCCGCGGGGGUACGAGACCGAGUGCGGCGCCAACGGGACGCACUUUUCGGGCGGCCAGCGCCAGCGCAUCGCCAUUGCGCGCGCCCUGGUGCGCAAGCCGCAGCUGCUGCUCCUCGACGAGAGCUCCAGCGCGCUCGACGCCGAGAGCGAGAGGGCGCUGCAGAUUAGUCUCCGGCGUGCGGCCGAGAGGACCACCGUGAUUGCCGUCGCGCACAGGCUCCAGACUGUCAAGAUGGCCGACGUGAUCUUUGUCGUCGACGAGGGUAGGAUCGCUGGACGGGGCAAACACGAGGAGUUGAUGCAGACCAAUGAGACUUAUAGGGAGAAUGCUUUGCAUCAAAUGCUCAGCUAG